UGUAAAGCCUCGGCUUUCAGAUGCUCCUUCCUCUUCCUCUCCUUCUCAUCCUCUAUAAAAGCUUUUCUCUUUUGGGUUUAAUUGCUACCUCUCUCUCUCACUCUCUCAUAUCUGGCAGCUUUGGUUACCAUCUUCACCUCUGGAUCUUCUCCUUUGGAGGUGAUUUCUGAUAUGCCAUUGAGAUCCUUGAUAUUUUCGAAAUUGGGUAGAGUUUAUAAGUCUACUUAUCAUGCAUGGUAGUGAAGGAACUAGUGAGCUAGCUUCACAUCCUUAUGAAUCUGUUUGGAUGGCUCAUCGGAGGUGCACAAGUUGUAAGUCAGAAACCGAAGCAUGCGGCCAUGUAUCGAUUCGUUAUGAGGAGGCCCAACAACACAAUCAUGGUGUUAAGAAACAUUCCUUGUUUAGAGGGUUUGAUGAAGUAACUGAACCGAAAAGAGUAAGAAAUAUUGAUGAGGGCCUCGGUUUGACAGAGAGUUCGAAGAAAACAAGGAAGGAGAUAUGGGAAGGCCAGUCCUUUCCAAUGUUCAAUCUUCCUCCAAAGACUAGUGUGGUUAAACUGAAUCAGGACAAUUCUACUUUCCAUGGGGGAUUACUUAGUGAGAAUAGCCCACCGGCAAUGCCUGUCUGGACUCCUACUGAUGCAUGGGCUCUGGAAGCCGCCCCACCACCUCCAGAGCGACAGGUGAAAUAUCAUAAUUUUCUUGAGAACAAUAGCCUAGCUGUUUCCAAAUCUUUUCGAGUUGAAUCAAUGAGAUCAGAUUCCAAAAUUGUGCCGCAUCCAUCUUUCCUGUGUAGUGAAGAGGAAAUUAAUCUAUCCAACUCUUUUCUAGCACCUCGACAACAUGCCACAAGCACUUAUAAUCACACAAGGUCCACAUUGUUGGCCCAUGAGAAUAACUUCCAUAACAAUUUUGUCUCUACAAGAUCAGGGGGUUCAUUGCCAAGGCAGAAUGAUAUGGUUUUGUUACAGCAUGACCCCUCCACAAGCAGUAUGCAGCAACCGAAUUAUUUCGGUAAGAAUUUCCUAGAAAUGCAAAAUCAGUCUUGUAUUGGAUUGCUUUCAAGCCACGCCAGCCCCCCAGAGGUGACCGGACUGGAAAAAGUAUUUCACGGAUCCGGAUCUCUGCCAAGCCUGCAGCGUUCUGUGCAUAACAUAGAGACUAUGAGAAUACGCGCCACUGUCAACGCUGAUGAAGAAUUAUCUAGGGGUCCUCGUAUGUUUUCAAAGACAGCUCACCAUUUUCAGAUCACGAAAAAGACUGGUGUUAACUUGCCUGAAGUAGGUCAAAUGUUUGGACGGUCAACUGUAUCAACAAAAUUGAAAGGAAAAGCUUUCAGUAAUCUUUCUGGUUUUUCCACGGAGUAUGGUCUCCCUCCUCAACCUAGAUUGAAGCUGCUACCUUACAGGAGCUCUACAGAUACCGACGGAGAGGAAGAUGUAAGAGUUGUCAAGGCUCAAGCACUCGAAUCAUCAUCUGAAACAGAUAUUAUGGACAUGGAUGCUUUCCAGGAUAACCUUCUUUCUGGUGUGGCGGUAGUAUCCACAUCAGACAAGCAUGUUGAGAGUGGCAAGAAGUCACCAAAAUCUCGAUCAGCCAUCGCUUCAGGUAGAGAAGAGAACGGAGCUAGACUUCCAUACACAAAAUUACCGGACAUAAAUCAAGAGCUUCCUGAUUCAGCAAAAGAAAGGGAGACGAGCACUUCAAGAACCCAGAGUUUGGAUGUCGAACAUCUCCUUUCCCAUGCUGAGCAUCCCACAAAUUCAAAAUCCAGAUCAUGUCCAGAAGGAUCUCAGGGACCAGAACCAAGCAGCAGGUGGGUUAAACGGCUCAAGUUGACGGCUUCUCAGUCUGUUCAUGGUACAAAAAGCUCAAAAAUGGGAGAAGCCUCUUCACCUGAAAAAGUCAAGAAAUCUUCUAACUCAACUAUGAAGUGCAGUAUAACUAGUUCACAACCUGCCACCGGCAGAUUUCUUGGUAAAGAACAGAUGGUGCCAGAUCAAACUGCAAUGGUAUUAAGGAAUUGUGAGUCAUCUCCCAUUGACUCCGCCAGGAAAGGUCCAAAUAUAACGCUGUCUCAUCCUUGGAUUCGGAGGUGGUCUAAAGUAGCAUCCCAAAAGAAGUUUGAAGCAGUGGUUGCUUUUCAAUCGCAAUGUUUGAAGCCAACAGUGGAUGAGUUUCAGAAGAAGCAGUUUCCAAGCAUCGCUGCUAUGGCACUCAUGGGAAAGGCUAUGAGUGGUUUCCAUCCAUGUGAGUUUGCAAACAAGGGGUCUUUUGUAGUUUGGAAUACCAAGGGAUUUUAAAUAGACAAGUCAUGCAACUCCAGAAACAAGAGUAUGGUAGACAAAGCAUGGGAAUAUGAUUGUCCAACUGAUGGUUAGCGUUUGCUUGACAAGGAUAAGGAAUGCAUUGUCCAUGUUUGAGAAUCCACAAAGAUGGCUGAUUGUGGAGUUUGUAGAUUAUGAAUGUCGCAUCGGUAUGUAUCCAACUUGUAAUGUUGGUUUCUUUUUUAGUUUUAAAAGUCGGUAAACAAAGGGAUUGAUUAGCGGCCCUAGUUUAUUGAGUAUGGCCUCUACAAUGGGGGAUGAGAGUGACUGUGUCAACUUCUCUUACUUAAAUUGAGUAAUUGGAAACUGAUCUGCUAGUUGUGGUUCUAUUGCUUUUCCAAAAUUCUGGAAGGAAUGUCUCUAAUGCUUAGCAACCAAA